GGAUCAUCCAACGAUACACAGACUGAGAACUUUCUCACCUUCCUUUUAUACAUUUAGCUUUACUUGGAUUUCGUCUUGGAGAAAAGUAACUGAACUAAGAGGAAAAGAGUUUCCUGAUGAAGUGAUUCAGACGAGAUCAGACCAACUACAGGUUUGAAAACAGCUUCAGGUUUAACUAGACCAAACCUCAGACACCAUCACACCUGAUUCACCUUCACUGUGUGGAGCUCUGCACCAGGAAUCACCAUGGCAACGAUCAGUAACAUCUCAUCAAAAUACAAGGACAUCAUCUCCAAAAGUUCUCAGAUCAGUUCAGGAUCUCCUGCUCGAUACCAGCUGAGACCAAAGACAGAGAGGAUCGGUACUCUGACCAGAAGGACUGUUGGUGAAAGAAAUCUGAACAAGGUAAAUAAAACCAUCUUACUUGUGGGAGAAACAGGAACAGGGAAAUCUACUCUGAUCAACACUCUGGUCAACUACGCCAUGGGAGUAGAGUUUGAUGACGACAUCUGGUUUGAGAUCGAAGAGGAGGAGGAGAGAAGUCAGACAGAAAGUCAGACAUCUGAUGUGAUCGUGUACGAGAUCUUUGACUUUAAAGAAAACACUCUGCCCUACUCUCUGACCAUCAUUGAUACUCCUGGAUAUGGAGACACCAGAGGGACUGAACAUGAUGUCAUCGUCAGUCACAGAUUAUUUGACUUGUUCCGCUCAGAAGAAGGAGUUCAUGAAGUUAGUGCAGUGGGUCUGGUGCUGAAGGCGACAGAGAAUCGAGUGAGUGAUCGACUGAUGUACAUCUUCAGUUCAGUGAUGUCUCUGUUUGGAAAAGACAUGGAGAAGAACAUCGUCGCUCUCGUCACUCACUCAACUGGAAGAAAACCAAAAAAUGUUCUUCAAGCUCUUGAAGCUGCAAAAAUUAAAUGUGCCAGAGAUGAGAAGAAUCAACCUGUUCACUUCCUGUUUGAUAACUGCCAGAAAGAAGAGAACAGAGGAAACAGAGUUUGGUUUAGAGAAUGGUUGGAGAGUAACCAUGCAAGGAAUGAGUCAGUUUACGAAGUUUUUGGAAAAAACUAAACCUCAAAAACUGGAGAAAACAGUUGAAGUGUUGAAUUCAUGCGUCAGACUGACGGCCUGCAUCCAGAACCUGCAGGAGAGAAUUGGUUUGAUUGAACUGAAACAGACUGAGAUCAAACAGACUCAAGAAGCUCUGGAGAAACAUGAACAUGAGAUGGAGAAGAAUAAAGACUUCACUGUAGAAG